UUCUGGGGAAUGUAGUUUUCUUUCUGCCGGGGACUGCUUUGAAACCAAUGAGGCAGAACCGGUGAGCCAGACUACAAUUCCUAGCAUGCUGUUCGUGCCAAUUUUUUUUGUUGCUCUCCUGGGAGGGAGGAGGGGCAGCCAUUUUGUUUCGCCUGAUUGCUUAAGAUGGCGGCGGUGGUGGAGAGGGAGGCUGAAGGUUGCUGGUGAAGCUUCAGCAGCUGCUGCCCGGAGAGGAAGGGGAAGGCUCCGUUGCUAGGUUACCACCUAACACGCCCCUCCCCGCAAGCCUUCCUAUAAAUAUAUAAAUAUAGAGAGUAUAUGCAGUAUAUAUGCACACACAGGCUUUUCUAGCCUUAGCCCCUUAAUCCCUUGUGGAGGAACAAGCAGAGCCACAGCUGGCCUAUGGGCAAGGGGUGGCCCCCGUGGCCAGCACUGUCACCAUGGAUCUCCGCAUGGCGGUCUACAACGCAGCCCGAGAAGGGAAGCUGAAACUCCUCCAGAAGCUACUGGGAAGCCGGAGCCGUGAGGAGUUGGAAGAGCUGACGGCGGGCCCCGGUGGGGGAGAAGGCGCAGGGGGCACCCCCUUGCUGAUCGCCUCCCGCCAUGGGCACCGGGAAGUGGUGGAGUACCUGCUGGAUCACUGCGGCGCCCGAGUGGACGUGGGCGGCUCGGUCAACUUUGACGGUGAGACCAUCGAGGGCGCCCCGCCACUGUGGGCGGCCUCCGCCGCCGGGCACUUGGAGGUGGUCCGUAGCCUUCUGGAACGGGGGGCUUCGGUGAACCAGACCACGCUGACUAAUUCCACCCCGCUGCGGGCUGCCUGCUUCGACGGGCACCUGGAGAUCGUGCGCUACUUGGUUGGGGAGCGGGGCGCCGACCUGGAGGUGGCCAACCGCCAUGGCCACACCUGCCUGAUGAUUUCUUGCUACAAAGGGCACUCCGAGAUUGCCCGCUACCUUCUGGAGAGAGGGGCCGACGUCAACCGCCGCAGUGUCAAAGGCAACACCGCCCUGCACGACUGCGCCGAAUCCGGCAGCCUGGAGAUCCUGCGCUUGUUGCUUGGCUCCAAAGCACGCAUGGAGAAGGACGGCUACGGAAUGACACCGCUGCUGGCUGCUAGUGUUACUGGCCACACCAAUAUUGUGGAAUACCUCAUAGAGGGAGCCGUGGAGGAGCCGGCGGCGGGGCACGAGGAAGAGGGGGAAGAGAGCGAGGCUGGUUGCAAUGGGGUGGGGUGCGAGGAAGACCACGACAGUUGCUCUGCCCCGUGUGACGACCUGCGCCAAGUAUAUUGCACUCGGGAAGCUGCGGUGGAAGCACUGGAGCUCCUGGGAGCCACUUUUGUGGACAAGAAGCGUGACUUGCUGGGGGCUCUCAAGCACUGGCGGAGGGCUAUGGACCUCCGGCACAAAGGCGGACAUUACCUCACCAAACCGCAGCCUCGGCAGCUGGUCUUGGCUUACGACUAUUCCCGGGAGGUGAGCACGAUGGAGGAGCUGGAAUCCCUGGUGACGGAUCCGGAUGAGAUGCGGAUGCAAGCCCUUUUGAUCCGGGAGCGUAUCCUCGGCCCGUCUCAUCCAGACACCUCGUAUUACAUUCGCUACCGGGGGGCCGUCUAUGCCGAUUCGGGCAAUUUUGAGCGCUGCAUUAAUCUGUGGAAAUACGCCUUGGAAAUGCAGCAAGGCAACUUGGAGCCGUUGAGCCCGAUGACGGCCAGCAGCUUCCUCUCCUUUGCGGAGCUUUUCUCGUACGUGCUCCAGGAUCGGUCAAAGGGCAGCAUCGCAACCCAGCUGGGUUUCUCUGACCUCAUGGGGGUUCUGAGCAAAGGGGUCCGUGAGGUCGAAAGGGCCUUGCUGCAUCGCAAGGACCCUGUGGCAGACUAUGCUCAGUUCACCAAGGCCCUGGCCAUCAUCCUGCACUUGGUCUUCCUGCUGGAGAAAGUGGAGUGCACCCCAGACCAAGAGCACCAGAAGCGCCAGACCAUCUACCGCCUCCUGAAGUGCAACCCGCGGGGCAAGAAUGGCUUCACUCCUUUGCACAUGGCGGUGGACAAGGACACCACGGCCGUCGGCCGCUACCCCGUGGGCAAGUUCCCCUCGCUCCACGUGGUCAACCUCCUGCUGGAGUGCGGGGCUGACCCCGACGGCCGCGACUACGACAACAACACCCCGCUGCACGUGGCGGCCCGGAACAACUGCCCCCUCAUCAUGAGCACCCUCAUGGAGGCCGGAGCCCAUAUGGACGCCACCAACGCCUUCAAGCAGACGGCGUACGAGCUCUUGGAUGAGAAGCUCCUCACCAAGGCCAUGAUGCAGCCCUUCAACUACAUCACCUUACAGUGCCUUGCUGCUCGGGCCCUGGACAAACACAAGAUCCCUUACAAGGGUUUCAUCCCGGAAGAGCUCGAAGCAUUCAUUGAACUUCAUUAGGGAAGAGGGCCGCAGCCCCGGUAGCCAGAUCAUGGUGGGGAAUGGUGGGGCGAGUGGGAGUCCCAGUUGGCCUGUGCCCAGAGUUCUAAAAAUGUGGCUUUGCCCUGGGCCAGGUUACAACCUCCAUCCCUUCCCUCUGUCUCCCCACCCAGCUGCGGAGCACGGAGAUGCAAGGUGGCUGUUCUUCGCCCAAGCCCUGGCUGGCAGGGUCCUGUGCCAACUAGGGGGUGGCUGGGAGGUCAGGCUGCUGGGGCUGCCCCUCAUUGCCAACUAAUUCUUUCUUUCUUUUUUUAAAGGAGCAGGGUGGAAAUCACAGUUCUUUAAGUGUGUCUGAUAUCCUGCUCUUUGAAAUUCAGCCUGCUAAUAUUACUCUUUGGAAUAGCUUGUUUUAGGGAGGAAGUGGGGGAAAGCAAACCUUCUCCCUUCUCUGAACACACAGAAACAAAAGCGAGAAGGGUGCAAGGCAGUCCACAAGACAGCUCUCAGUCUUAAGUCGCCCUUUCUUUUGGGGCUUAGCCCAUAAGCCAGAGAGCUGGUUGGCUGAUGCUCUGGAGAAGGUUCUUGAGCUGCUCCUUGUGCCGUUAACAAGCUGGGUGUGGUGAGGCUUGGUUGCAUUCUGGUUUUCUUGUUUUUCAUGGCCGUGUGGUAUUGCUAAGAUUUUGCUGGCUGUCUUUUUAAAAGGCUGAUUCCCCCCAUUUCCUUGACAGUUUUUCUGUCCCUGCCCCAGGCUCUGGAGCUGGGUUGAGGAGCACCUGCCCCAUCCUGUGCCCCACCAAAAAUAAAUAAAUUGAGAGCGAGAGCGAGGGCACUGCUAGGACAGUGUCUUGUUUACUGCUUGUUUGCAAGCAAGGAUCAGUCUCUAAUGGAUUGCUUUGAGGCCCACAUUAGAUGUCGGGUAGAAGUUAUGUCACUGGAUUUCCCCCAAAAAAGCAGUCAGUGGUGAUGGUGGUUUGAUCAAGGUGAGGGGCGUUUUAAUCUCUUCCCAUUUAUUCUUUUCCCUAACUUAAACCAAUCCCCCUGAGCUGCUGUUUCCCCUACUAACGGGAAACCUUGACAGGCACAAUGUUAACAGGCACAAUGCCUCUUCCGUAGCCAAUAGCAGUCAGGGAGUGGGAGGGAGGAGAUUUGGUUCAGGGCCAAGGGUUAGUCCCUCUGGCCUCCACACCACACCCCAAUCCAGACCUCCUGCACAUGUACCGAUGUUUUUUGGGAGAGAUGUCAGGAGUUCCCAGCAAGGGCCUUCUGCAUCCUGUCCACUCUUGCCCCUGUGUUAGCAGCAAUCACUACCAACGCUUCCUGUUGAGAUGGUCCUAUCCACAGAGCACAAAGCCAAUUUGUUUGUGGGGGUGUUCUCUGGGAUGGCUGGUGGUUGGUUCAGGGGGGAAUCUUCCCUGCUUCAACAGCUGCUGUGCCUAGUGGACGCUGCUGUGUGCUUUUCCUCCUUUGCCCGGUGACUGCAGCAGGUGAGAAGUGGUGCGCCCAGGAAACAGAAGAAAAGGUGUCCUGUAUGCUGUCUUUGCUUUCCGGUAUGAAAUCUUGUUCUGUAACAAGGCGUGUGGCCCCCGAAACCAAACUCGGCUCAUCAGGAGUGGAUUUGGGGCUGCCAAAUAGCCCCCUGACUCUGCAGUGUUGGGCAGGGAUGGGUGGUUCAGAUGCCCAAGGACUACCAUUUGAAGUGCGGCCAGGUUUGGUUCCGUGGGUCACAACUUGGGGGAGCUGCACGGAUUGUAGAGAGGCCCGUGAUUAGGUGUCCGGAAAAGGCCAUCGUUCUUCAGAAGAGCUGCACCCACCCUUUGUUCUGCCAGCCACCAACCACUGGGAAGCACCAGGCUUAAAAUCUUCCUAGGAGAGUUGCCUCUUUUUCUCCUGUUCUCAGAUCCUCAAGAAGGGGGUCGCGAAGGUGCCUUGGGGGUUUAUGUUGUGUCUUGAGAGGGGAAAGGAAGGCGAGUGCUGCUUUGGAGAGGGAGAGGGAGAACAAAGCAAGGUGUGCCAAGGAAGGAACUUGGUGUCACAUUGUGUUGAUGGGCCCACAAUGCUUGUGUGUGGCUGAGCCCCAGCAAACCCCAGGCAUACUUGCUGGGGGUGGGGUGACAGGCUUUGGCAUAAUUGCCAGCACUGUUUUUAGAGGCUUCUCCUGUCAGAAACGGGGCAUCUGUCGCUCUUGUUCAGGCUUUCCCACAGCUGCUUUGUGGGGUCUUCUGGGCCAGCUACUUCAGGUAGGCCAUGUAGGGGUCAGGAAGGAAGAGACCACCAAUACAGUGCGGUACACCAAGUCACAUAUUCUGUCACCCCAGAGAGUAUGAAUUGCUGAAAUCUGGCCCUUUAGAGAGCCUCCCUUGCGUUGGCUUCAGAGGAGGUGGAAUUCUAGUGAACAACUAAUCUCUCAUUUUGAAUUCACUUUUGCGACGCUGUACGUCGAGGGUGGGGAGUGUGCAGAUUGGUCCACAACAAUCCAGUGCGUGAGGCUCUCCAAAGCCGGUUGACUUUUGACACUUACCCAAGUCCAUCGUCAAAGCAAAAGCUGUGACACUUGUCCCAGCAUUGGGCACGGGGUCCCUUUGGGCUCAGUAUAAAAGUGCAGCCGCUCCCCAUCGGUGGGGGAUAAGGGCUUCACACAGAUCCAUCUCUGUGGCUGAGGGACUCACAGGCUGGCGUCCAGAGGGGGCGAAAACAAAGUUCUGAAAUCACAGCACUGGAAGGUAGAUGGGGAGACAGAAAGGAAGUUCUGCCAGCUCUGCUGCCCGCCAGAAGGUUAGAUCAGGUUGGGUUGGAGUAUGAACCUGCGUAGAAAGAUUUUGGUACGUUGUGUGGGCACAAGACUUGUGCACUAAAUGACUAAGUAAAGUGGGGCCCGCUUUGUGAGAGAGGGAUGCCAACCAACCCCCUGCGUCUCCCCCUGCCACUCACGGCUCUGAGGUUAGGCAGGUGCUCUGUAGGCUAAACUGCUAACUGCUUUUCUGCUUGUGACUUAACGGCUUAGCUGAACCAUAAACCUCAAUUUUUCCGCCCUUUGAGCAUUUCCACAGGAUCCCAAGAACUGGCCUGUUUCGUUCCUGCAGUGUUGAAAAACAAACAAGCAACUAUUUGAGAGUUUGAUUUGUAAAGCGAGGUGGUUUCGGGUUUUGUUUAUUGUUUUUGUCUUGCUGCAAAUAAAAAUAGUUAAUUUAGCAACUUGGGGUGGGGGGUGGGGAGAGAGACUUUUUAAACUGCAAAAGCAGAAUGUGUUAAACACGUGAGCCGAUGCUCCUAACUUGAACUGAAUAAACCGACACUUUAAAAGGAAACCUGCUGCUAAGAACA